AUGAAACCCAAAUUUGUCUCUCGUGUCGAUGACGUCUUGCAUUUCACUAAAACGAUGACUUUCAGGAGUGAAAUCAUCCCCGACAAAUCAAAAGGAACUUUAUCAACAAGUUUAUUGUAUUCACAAGGUAGUGACAUCUACGAAAUUGAUUGUGCAUUACCUCUAGCAUCUUUUUAUCAAACGAUAUCAGGAGGGAGCAGAAAGGAUUCAUCUUUAGCUAUACCAAGCCCUGAAUAUGGAGAUGCGUUCCAUGAUGUGGAAGAUACAAAAUUAGCACCAAAAUGGGUUUAUUUAGGUGAAACUAUAGCAAAGAUGAGUUAUUUAGAAAGUUCCAUGGACGAUACUACUAUAAUUGCGAUGUCUAAAAAUGGAUCAUUAGCAUGGUUCAAAGAUGGUUGUAAAGUACCCAUUCAUAUAGUCCAAGAAAUGAUGGGUCCUGCAACGAGAUUUUCAUCUAUUCAUUCUCAUGUGAGGCCAAAUUCCUUAGCGGUUUCUGAUUUUUGUCUUUCGUGUAAUUUAGAGACUGUAGUGAAAUCACAGAGUAGUGGGACAGAGGAAGACAGUAUUUUGAAAAUUAUUGAUAAUUCAGGAAGACCAGGUGAUGUUUUGCGUACUAUACAUGUUCCAGGAACCACAGUGACUCAUUCGGUUAGAUUCUUUGAUAAUCACUUAUUUGCAUCAUGUUCAGAUGAUAAUGUUUUGAGAUUUUGGGAUACAAGAACUGCUGAAAAACCUAUGUGGAUCUUGAGUGAUCCACAGAAUGGUAGAAUGACUUCAUUUGAUACAUCUCAAGUCACUAAUGAAUUAUUCGUUACCGGGUUUAGUACAGGUAUCAUUAAAUUAUGGGAUGUUCGUGCUGUAGAGACGGCAUCUAAUGAUUUGACUCACAGACAAAAUGGUGAAGAGCCAAUUCAAAAUGAAUUAAUAAAUUUGUAUCAUUCUGGUGGUGACUCUGUUGUUGAUAUCCAAUUUUCACCAACUUCAUCUUCUGAUUUCUUGACCGUGGGUGGUACAGGAAACGUUUACCAUUGGGAUAUGGAGUAUUUCUUCUCAAGAAACGACGAUGACAAUGAAGACGUUACAAAUGUUGCUCCUGAAGAAUUACAAGGUCAAUGCUUGAAAUUUUUCCAUACCGGUGGUAGUAAAAGAACCAGUGGUCUAUUUGGUAAAAGAAACACUGUCGCUUGGCACCCAAUAAUCGAUAACUUGGUUGGGACCGUAGAUGCAGAUAGUUUGGUAACAGUAUAUAAACCUUUUACGGGUAGAGAUCUCAUUCAAGGUGAAGAAAAAUGA